AUGAGUUGCUUCCAAUGUUGCAUGUCAGAAGAGAAAAUCGCCAGGAAGUCAUUAAAGAAGAGCAUCAAGGAAUACCAUGACACCAAAACUUUAGCCUCAUUUGCUAACAUCUCCUUCAAAACUGGUAAGUUCUUUUUUAACAUUCUCAACGUAAAUCUUCCCCAAAAAAAAAAUAGCAGCAGGAGGAAGUACAUAGCUGAAGAGAUAGCAAAGGUUGGCAAAGGAAAUAUUUCUGCUCAGAUUUUUACUUUCCGGGAACUAAGCGUUGCAACUAACAACUUCCAUCCAGACAAUUUGCUAGGCGAAGGCGGUUUUGGGAGAGUUUACAAAGGGAAACUUGAAGACACAGACCGAGUUGUUGCUGUUAAGCAACUAGACAGGAAUGGGUUCCAAGGAAAUAGAGAAUUUCUUGUAGAAGUUUUGAUAUUGAGUCUUCUUCACCAUCCCCACCUUGUCAAUUUGGUCGGAUAUUGCGCCGAUGGUGAUCAGAGGAUUUUGGUGUAUGAGUACAUGGCGAAAGGGUCCCUAGAGGACCAUCUUCUUGAUUUAGGUCCCGGGAAAAAGCCCUUGGAUUGGGAUACUAGGAUGAAAAUUGCAGCAGGGGCAGCAAAAGGACUUGAAUACUUACAUGAACAAGCCAACCCCCCUGUGAUAUACCGCGAUUUCAAAGCUUCCAACAUUUUGUUGGAUGAGAACUUUCUUCCAAAGCUCUCUGAUUUUGGUCUGGCAAAGUUAGGCCCAACUGGGGAUAAGACUCAUGUAUCCACCAGGGUGAUGGGAACUUAUGGCUACUGUGCACCUGAAUAUGCACUGACAGGGCAGUUGACAACAAAAUCCGACAUUUACAGCUUUGGAGUUGUGUUUUUGGAGAUAAUCACAGGAAGAAGAGUUAUAGACAACAACAGACCAACGGAGGAGCAGAACUUAGUUACUUGGGCACAGCCAUUAUUUAAAGACAGAAGGAAGUUUACAUUAAUGGCUGAUCCAUUGCUAGAAGACAAGUACCCUAUAAAGGCUCUUUACCAAGCUCUUGCUGUUGCAGCAAUGUGUCUCCAAGAGGAAGCUGCUACAAGACCUCUGAUCAGUGACGUUGUAACGGCGCUAGAGUAUUUAACCGUAGACGGCAUUGCUGAAUCUGGUGAGAAGGAUGGUGAUGGAUAUGAUGAGAGUACUGAUGAUGAUGGUGCAUUUGAGGGUACACAACCAGGGAGUACAAGGAGCCUAUGAGUUAAUGUUCCACGAACUCUAUAUGUUCAUGUUGUCAACACCCAAAAAAAAAAAAAAAAGAAGUUUGAUCGUCUUGUAGCUAGCUAGGCUGCUCUGUAAAAACAAACCCCAUGCCAUUGCCGUUGUUUCAAAAAAAUCACUUCUUUUGUCCACAUUUGGUUGUAGCAUGGUGAAGUUAUGGUGAUUUUGU